AUGAACGGCCAUCCGCAGUCUAAUUCAGAUAUUAUAUCUACUCUAAAAGACGCACCAGCGAACUCCACAAACAGCAAUUGGGUUGUACAAAAAUUUGGAGGCACGAGUGUCGGGAAGUUUGCUCUCAAUAUCAUUGAUCGAGUUGUCCUCCCAAGCUUAUCUGAACACAAAGUUGCCGUAGUUUGCUCUGCAAGGAGCAGUUCUACAAAAGCUGAAGGCACAACCAAUCGUUUACUCCGAGCCGCGCGCGACGCAGAAGAUUCCCAUUCGAAACAAUACCUUGCUCUUAUUGAGGCGGUCCGAUUAGAACAUGCCGAAGUAGUGGAGAACCAGAUCAGCUCCGACCAACUCAGAGCACAACUUAUCUCAGAGAUUGACGCCGAAUGUGAAAGGGUCCUGAAGGUAUUGGAAGCAGCUCAGACACUUGGCGAAAUCAGUGCGCGUUGCGUGGAUAAAGUUAUAAGCACAGGAGAAAAACUAAGCUGUCGCCUAAUGGCUGCAUUUCUUCAAGAUCGGGGUGUUGACUCACAAUAUGUCGACCUGUCUGAGAUAAUCGAUUUCCACAUCUCAGGCCAAGGACUGGAUCAGGGGUUUUACGACAACCUUGCCGCUGCUCUUGGCCGCAAGCUUCGUAGUUGCGAGGAUAAAGUUCCGGUCAUUACGGGGUACUUUGGAACAGUUCCCGGAGGGCUUCUUGAUCAGAUCGGGCGUGGUUAUACUGACCUUUGUGCGGCUUUGGUCGCCGUUGGCAUUCACGCUAAGGAACUUCAAGUAUGGAAGGAGGUUGAUGGGAUAUUCACCGCAGAUCCGCGCAAGGUGCCCACCGCUCGCCUUUUACCAGCAAUUACGCCUGCAGAAGCAGCUGAGUUGACAUUCUAUGGCUCGGAAGUGAUUCAUCCUUUUACAAUGGAACAAGUCAUUCGCGCCAAAAUCCCAAUUCGAAUCAAGAACGUGAUGAACCCGAAAGGGAAUGGGACUGUAAUAUUCCCCGAUUCCACCUACGAACUAGAAAGAACGACACCGGGACAUGACCCGAGAUUAUUCCGUACGAGGAGCCCGAGCCUCCUGCAGCGGCCGAAACGUCCAACCGCUGUUACUAUAAAACACAACAUUCUUGUCAUCAAUGUUCAUUCGAACAAACGCUCCCUCUCUCAUGGAUUUUUCGCUGGGAUAUUUUCUGUCCUGGACCGCUGGAAACUGUCGAUUGAUCUAAUAUCUACUAGCGAAGUUCACGUGUCGAUGGCUCUUCACUCCGAGAGGCCGCUUUUGAACGGUGUCGGGAGAGAUGAGUACCAGAUAAUCGACGAGGAUCUUAAAGGAGCUUUGAAUGACCUUCAGAGAUAUGGAACAGUCGACAUAAUUCCUGGCAUGGCCAUUCUCAGCCUCGUCGGGAAGCAAAUGAAGAACAUGGUUGGGGUGGCAGGACGGAUGUUCACCACUCUGGGUGAGAACAAUGUCAACAUUGAGAUGAUUUCUCAAGGCGCAAGCGAGAUCAACAUCUCAUGUGUCAUUGAAGAACGAGAUGCAGACCGUGCCCUCAACAUUAUACAUACAAGCUUAUUCACGUUUCUAGAUUAA